CUCUCUGUUAGAACAGUUCCACAUCUUGUUUCAAACGCUUCUCUUUUUUAUCUUAUUCACUCUCUCUCUCUCUCUCUCUCUCUCUCUCUCUCUCUCUCCCUUCUGAUAUUCUCCUCUCUCCGUACAUUCCAAGAACAGAGCAACAACAAUGGCAACCAACAAGUUUGCAACCAUGUUGCACAGAAACACCAACAGAAUCACAAUUUUUCUCAUCUAUGCCAUCCUAGAAUGGAUUCUGAUCGUCCUUCUUCUCCUUAAUUCUCUUUUCUCUUACCUGAUCCUGAAAUUCGCAGAUUACUUUGGCCUUAAGAGGCCCUGCUUAUGGUGUUCUAGGCUUGAUCAUAUAUUGGAGCCUGGAAAGAGUAAAACUUCUUAUAGAGAUCUUGUUUGUGAAGCUCAUGCCUCCGAGAUUUCCAAACUGGGUUACUGCUCGAAUCAUCGGAAACUUGUCCAAUCGCAAGAUAUGUGCGAGGGUUGCUCAUCUCCAUCGCAACCUGACUGUUCAGAAUUGUCAAAGAGGUUUGCUUUCUUUCCAUGGAUGAAUAAGAUUGGUUUCAUUCAGAGUGGUGGCGAAAAUGGGGAGGAGAAUUUGAAGUGCUCUUGCUGUGAUGUGAGCUUGGGCAGCAAAUUCUACUCUCCUUGUAUAUUGAUUAAGCCUUCUUGGGAGGAUUUCGAUUACUCCAAGAAACAGAACAUGAUUGCGGAAACACCCGUUGAUACGCAAACUAAUGAAGGCGAUCCUUCGGAUCAAAGCAGAUCAGAUUCCGGAACUAAUAUUUGUGAACAUGAUCAGAGUAUUGGUGAAAAGAGGGAAAUUCAGAUCAUUUCUGAAGUUAUCACUGAUGGCGGUUCCGAAAAAAGAGAGGCUGAGGAUAAAUGUUCUGUAUGUGACUUUGGCUGCAAGGAAUCGGGAGCAGACGAAGACGACAGAUCGGACAUGUUUAUAGAAAAAGAGCGAGAACCCAUAAAGGAAGAGAAUUUUAAGGUUUCCUUGGAUGAUCGUUCUUGUGAUCAGACCGCGGCUCAUGUCACUUUCAGUAAGGACACCGACACGUCCAAUGAAAUUCGGCCUCAGCAUCUCGAGUUUUUCAUUGAUCGUGAAGAUUGUAGAUUGAUUCCGGUAGAAUUGAUUGGCUCUGCUGCCACCGAAGACGAAUUUCAACCCAGAUAUCAGGUGGAAGAUCAAGGUAAUUGUGAGAAUCAAGAUGUUAUUUUGGAUUUUGAUAUGCAUGUUGAGGAACACUCUGAACCGGUGGUGGAGAAUUGGCACAGUGCAGGAGAGACUGUGGCAUUACUUUCAGCCCAUAAGAGCAUGGAGGAGCCUAAGUUUGCAGCACUCGAAUCCGUAGUUAUGGUUAAGACUGAGAGUAACUCCGUAUUGUGUACACAAGGAAAUUUACUGGAUUUGUGGAGCGAAGAGUAUGAACAAGUUGCUAUUACUCAAGCAACUCAAACGCCAUCAGAUGAUGACGAUCAUGAGGAUCAACCAACAACAGAAACUGCAAGAGAAAUGGAUUCAGAUGCUCAUCUAGCUUCUGAAGAAGGACUUCAAGUGCAGAGCAGCGAAUUCGAUGCAGAGAUCUCAAUAGGGACAGAGAUUCCUGAUCAGGAACCACUUGAUGAGGCUUUACCCCAAGAGGUUCUUCCAUCAUAUGAACCCGGACAAGUGGCAGAUCUUUCCACCAGCUCAGUCAUAUAUCAUGCCGAUGAUGAUAAUGGUUCCCAGUUAGCUGAAGAAGUGAUUUUCGACUUCAAAACCUGUUCAGUUGAAACUACUAAGCAAGACAUAAACAUGGAUGUAUCUUUAUGUUCGAAGCUUAAUGAGAUUGAGGAAGAAAAAGUUCCUGAUACGCCUACUUCUGUGGAUAGUUUGCAUCACUUGCACCAUAGAUUAUUAAUGCUUGGGAGUAAAGAAUCAGGAACAGAAGAGUCAUUGGAUGGAAGUGUCAUUAGUGAGAUAGAAGGUGGUGAACUGACCAUUGAGAAAUUAAAAUCAGCGUUGAAAGCUGAAAGGAAGGCUUUGUAUGCUUUAUAUGGGGAACUAGAAGAAGAAAGAAGUUCUUCUGCAGUGGCAGCCAACCAGACAAUGGCAAUGAUAAAUAGGCUUCAGGAAGAGAAAGCAGCAAUGCAAAUGGAAGCAUUGCAAUAUCAGAGAAUGAUGGAUGAGCAAUCUGAGUAUGACCAGGAAGCUUUGCAGCUUUUGAAUGAUCUUAUGAUGAAAAGGGAAAAGGAGAAGCAAGAGCUGGAAAAGGAGCUGGAAAUAUAUCGUAAAAAGGUCCAGGAUUAUGAGGCCAGAGAAAAAAUGAUUAUGUCAAGGAGAAGAGGUAGUAGUACAAGAAGCUCUGCUUCUUGUAGUAAUGUGGAUGAUAGUGAUGCACUAUCUGUUGAUUUGAACCACGAAGCAAAGGAAGAAGAUAGUUUCUAUGGCAAUCAAGAAAGUAGCAGCCUAAACACUCCUACCAAUGCGGUUCUAUACUUGGAGGAGUCCCUGUUGAACUUUGAGGAAGAGAGGCUAUCAAUUCUACAGCAGCUCAAGGAAUUGGAAGAGAAGCUUUUCAUAUUGAGUGAUGAGGAGGAACAACAUUUUGAGGAUGUCAAACCGUAUGAGCAUUCCUUCCAAGAGAAUGGAAAUGGAUACCAUAAUAACUCAGGUUCUGACAGUGAAGCAAAUGUUGUUGAAAAUGGUCAUUCAAAAGAAAUGAAUGGAAAGCAUCAUCAAGAGACAAGAAUCAAAUGGUCAAAGCCAAAGAGGCUUCUUCCCCUUUUUGAUUCAAUUGUUACAGAUGGUGAAGAUGCUUUGGCAAACGGACAUGAGCAAGGGUUUAGUCCUGUUGCAUCGCAAAAAUCAUUGGACAGCAAGUUUGAAUUGGAGAAGAAGCUUGCUAUUGAAGAGGAGGUAGAUCACGUGUAUGAGAGGCUACAAGCACUUGAGGCAGAUAGGGAGUUUCUAAAGCAUUGUGUCGGCUCCUUGAGCAAAGGAGAUAAGGGGCUAGAUCUUCUCCAAGAUAUUCUAGAACAUCUUCGAGACCUUAGGAGUGUGGAACUCCGCUUCAAGAAGAUGGGGGAUGGUGCUUUGUAUUGACUUUGAGCUUAACUAUACACCAUGAAGAUUACAGCUUUCCCUUUUUGGAGUUCAUUGACACCUGCAAAUCAGGACAAAGAAGCGCCAACCUUGGGCUGCUUAAUGAUACAUGGCAUUAAUGCACCUUAGCAUUCCCAGCCAAAAUUCAGUGCAAGUCUCCCAAGAAGGGAGGUUCCUGGUAUGGUAUACAUGAUGGUGUCGUAGGUGGACUACAACUCUUAAGUCUGCCUUUUUUUCUUUUUUAUCUUUUCCCAGUUUUUGUGUCCAAAGUAAACCCAAAUUUUUGUGGGGAGUGCCCAUCACCCACCUUUUGAGGGAAAGGAGGGUGAUGGGUACUUGUUUGUGUGUAGGCUACUGAUGUUAAAAAAUCCACCCUGUCAUUUGUAUGUUGUGAGGAAAGGCUUGGCUAGCAAAGCUGGAGAGAUCCAACAAAAGAUGUCAGUGCCAGGUACAUAGCAUUAGUUUAUCUAGACAGUUUAGAGCUAGGCCACUCUUUUUCUCAUUAUUUUUUUCUUCAAAUCUUUUGGGAGAAGGAAAAGGAGUAAGCAACCCCUUUAUUCUCCCUCUCAUCUUUCCAUAUGAGGCUUGUUUAUCAUCAUCGAGGGGCAUAGCUGAGUUACCUUGUAUACUUGCAUUGCAUAUAUCCAUUUGUAUGUAUAUAAAGCUGAGUGUAUUUUCAUUUUCCCACUGCAUAUAAAGCCA